AUGUUCUUCCCUGUCGCCCGGCUGCGACUCCUCGUCUCUCUUCUUCUCGCCCCCGUCCUGGUCGCCUCACGCGACCAAUCUCUGUUCACCUCCUCUGUCACGUAUUGUGCUCCUCCGGAGAGUCUCCUCGUAGAGCAAUUUGACAUCGCUUAUUAUGCAAAGAAUCAGUCGAUCGUCUUCAACAUAUCCGCAGCUAGUGUCGAUCCCAACACAAAUGUCAAUGCCAACCUCUUCCUUAACGUCUAUGGCAUGCAGCCAAUUAAUGUCUCCAUCGACAUUUGCUCCCUCUUCGGAGGCGCCCUCUGUCCUCUCCCUCUCUACACAUUCAACGGGUCCGACUCCAUCUCCCUUCCCCAGAGCCUCAAUAUCCAGUCUCGCUUCCCAACUAUAGCUUAUUCCAUCCCCGAUCUCGAGGCAUUUGCUCAACUCACUCUCACCGACGUCAAGACCGGAGACGUGAAGGCCUGCGUUCAAACCACCUUGUCCAAUGGCUGGUCUACGCAUCAGUACGGCGUGGAGUGGGCCACAGCAAGUAUCGCCAUUCUUGCGCUCGCCGUCGCCAUAUGGCAGUCUGUCACUCAGGGCGACUGUGCGCUCGCCCCCAUCCGCUUCGUCGAUACCAUCUCCCUCUUCCAGACCAUCGCUCUCUCAGGCUUGCUCAGUCUCAACUUCCCUUCUCUCUACCGCUCCUACACCCUCAACUUCGCAUGGGCGAUGGGCCUGUUUUCGGCGUCGACGACGUCUCCCAUCCAGCAGUCGAUCAAUCGCAUGCGCCAUCUUACUGGAGGCGACCCAUCCAACUCCGGCGGCAAUGGGGCCAUCGAUUUCGUGAACCGCAAGCUGAGCCCCUACAACUCUCAGACUCUCGUCCUCCCCGAAAGCCUGUCGAGGCUAGUGGAGGCGCCUAGUGUUGCAUUGGAUUUCGUCAAGUCAUUCUUUUCAUACGCGCUCACCACCAAGGAUCCUCACGUUCUGGUCGGCGGCGACGUUGCCACCGUCACUCAGGAUUCCUCCAAUGUCCUCCAGGCCGGCAUCCCGAUCUAUACGAACUCGAUUGGCAUUGCUACAGCAAACGCCUUCAUGACAAUCUUCCUCAUCGGCCUCAUACUCGCCGCUAUCCUUCUCGCGUCGCUCGCCCUCGUAUACGGAGCGACAGUCCUACUCUGUCGUACAGAAUUAGCUCGGAGAUAUCCAGAAAUCCACGGGUUCCGCUCACGGUACCCCUCCUUCGCCCGUGCUUGGGGCCUGCGUGGAGCUAUGGUGUUGUCGUUACCGAUCCUCGUCUUCGCCUUCUAUCAGUGGACGCUGCAGGACUCCUGGCUUUCCGUCUUGUUGUCCGUCCUCGUCCUCAUAGCGCUCAUGGCGUUCGUGCUUCCAGCUGCUUUCUUUGCCACUCGCGCAUCGAUCUCGAAAGGGAAAUGGUCUGGUCGAGAGGCACCUGCUUGGGUCGCCCCUUUGACCUCACUGUAUCGUGCCAACAGGGUGUAUUAUGUUAUACCCCUUUUGGUUGCCAUGGUCAUCAAGGCCCUCGUCACGGCGUUCGCUCACGGGCACGGCACCGCGCAGAUUAUCAUCUUCGUCGUUCUCGAGUUCCUUUUCCUCCUUUCGAUCAUCGCCCUCAAACCUCAUCGCACACGUGGCGCUGACAUCCUCGCUGGUUACCUUUGCAUUACGCGCUUGGUGAGUAGCGGGUUGAUGAUCGCCUUCGCCGAAUCCCUCGCAGUCAAACCCAUCCCGCGCGUUGCAAUCGGAGCCAUCGUUGCUGUCAUCUUCUCGGUGGCGGUCGUCGUCAUGUUCCUCAACCUUCUUGUCAACAUGGGUCUAUGGCGUCUCUUCAUCUUCGCCCUCACCUGUGGUCACCGUGGUCGCGGUGUGGACCAUGCAACAUUGGCCAGCCAAUCGAGCGAUGCUUCGAUGGUAGAGCAGGGCAAUUAUGCAGGGACUUCCAAAGAUGUUAUAGAAGAGAAGGAUAGCGCAACGGUGGAUAGCGCCACGGUGGACACCACCAAAUCCCAGGACUUCCCAGGGCGACCCAACAACCCUACACCACCAAGUACAGCGUCGUUCUCGCCAAAGUCGCUCCCGAGUGCGACCUCGAGCACGACGCUUGGUGAGACUCUUCCUCGAAGGUGGUCAUUCCAACACUCACGACCGCCAUCGAUCUCGACAGAUGGACUCUAUUCUCCUGCCUACACGCAUCGGACUUCCACAGCUUCCUCACCUAUCUCCGGCCAGAGACAUAGUCGAAAUAUCUCGUCGUCAGUCCCUACACCUCUAGACGAGCACCAUGAGUACGAGAAGUACGAAACCCGUGCGGUAUAG